GGACACCGGCGCGCCUUUGUCUGCCCGUGCAGCGCGCGUGCGCGUGUGUGUGUUUGUGUGCGCGUGUGUGAGGGCGCCGUGAUGUGAGGAGGCGAGGGGAUGUGAAGAGCAGCGUCUGCCAUGAGAGUGUUCGGCUGUCGCUGGCCCUUCUGGAACCUGCACAGCGUGGCCCCAGGUCCACCAUCAACUCCCAUCAUGCCUGGUGGGGCACCUGGAACUCCCUCAGCGAAAGCCAAAGAAAAGCUAAUGAUCCGGCCAAAGGUGGUGGUCGCUCUUUACCCAUUCAAAGCAAUUGAAGGUGGUGACAUAUCAUUGGAGAAGGGUGCUGAGUAUGAGGUGCUUGACGAUUCACAGGAACACUGGUGGAAGGUGAAAGACGAGCACGGGAACAUAGGUUACAUCCCUAGUAACUAUGUGAAGGAGAAAGAAUUACUGGGCCUUCAGAAAUAUGAGUGGUAUGUUGGAGACAUGUCCAGACAGAGAGCAGAGUCACUUCUGAAGCAGGAAGACAAGGAAGGGUGCUUUGUGGUGCGAAAUUCGUCCACAAAGGGUCUCUACACACUCUCACUAUAUACCAAAGUUCCUCAUCCCCACGUGAAACAUUAUCACAUCAAACAGAACUCUCGGGGAGAAUUCUUCCUGUCCGAGAAGCACUGCUGCAGCUCCAUACCGGACCUGGUCAACUACCACCGCCACAACAGUGGUGGCCUUGCAUCACGGCUCAAGGCUAGCCCCUGUGACCGCCCUGUUCCUGCCACCGCUGGCCUCAGCCAUGAUAAGUGGGAGAUUGACCCACAAGAACUGAUGUUGUUGGAAGAACUCGGCUCCGGGCAGUUUGGCGUCGUUCGCCGUGGCAAAUGGCGCGGAUCUAUAGAUGUCGCCGUAAAGAUGAUGAAGCAGGGGACUAUGUCAGAAGAUGACUUCAUUGAGGAGGCUAAGGUCAUGACGCGGCUGCAGCACCUCAACCUGGUCCAGCUGUACGGCGUGUGCAGCAAGCACCGGCCAAUCUAUAUUGUGACGGAGUACAUGCGUCACGGCUCGCUGCUCAACUACCUCCGCCGGCACGAGGCCUCGCUCGGCGGCAACACCGGCCUGCUGCUCGACAUGUGCAUACAGGUGUGCAACGGGAUGGCGUAUUUGGAGCGCCACAAUUAUAUCCACAGAGACCUGGCAGCACGGAAUUGUCUGGUUGGUUCAGAAAAUGUCGUGAAGGUUGCCGACUUUGGUUUAGCAAGGUAUGUUUUGGAUGACCAGUACACGAGCUCUGGUGGCACCAAAUUCCCCAUCAAGUGGGCACCCCCUGAGGUGCUCAACUACACCAGGUUCUCAUCGAAGUCCGAUGUUUGGGCAUAUGGAGUCUUGAUGUGGGAAGUGUUCACAUGUGGCAAAAUGCCUUACGGGCGUCUCAAGAACACUGAAGUCGUUGAAAGGGUGCAAAGGGGCAUUGUACUGGAGCGACCAAAGGCGUGUUACAAAGAGGUGUAUCAGGUGAUGCGCAAGUGCUGGUGCCAUGCGCCGGAGGACCGCCCGUCAUUCCGGUCACUGAAGGAGCAGCUGGUGAGCGUCUCACAGGGUGUCAUGGCUGACUGACUGCCCCCGGCACCCUCCCCUCCGGCCGCCCCACCGCCGCCGCUCCCGGAUUCUGUGUCCACGCCUGCAUCCGUACCUGUGCCCACUCCGAGCCCAGCAUGCAUAUUCUGCACAUCCUACGGCCACCCUUGGGCCGAACUGUGCCGUGCCAUCCAAGCAAGCCGUCGGACUGCUAAGUAGUGGCAGCAAAUGGGCGCUGUUAGUGAGGCUCAGGCCAUCGGCUGUCGUACUGCGGCCAAUGUCUCAGUGGAGGUACAUCUUCUGUUGGCGGACAUUAUCUAAUAACUUAUCUGUCCAUCUCGUCUCUUUGAUCUCAUGUCGUACACUGGUUCAUUAUAUUUGGAGGUAUACUCCAUGUGUGUAUCACUCUGAAGAAGUGUUUUUUUGUGCAGUGGUAAUUGUAAUAUUUUAAAUGCAUCAUAAGUGACUCGGAAGACACUGUUACGGCUGAACAUUGAAGUUAAUGAUACCACAUGUUUAACCAGGUGAUUGAUCUUCCGCCUGGCUGCACAUAUUCUUGACUGUAGUUUUGUGUGUGAUGGUACCCAGUCUGGAAACUGUUGUUGUGAUUCCUGAUUCAUAAAUUGUAUUUAUUCCUAAUGACCCUAGUCUCUGUAUCUUGAUAUUACUCAAAUGAAUUUUGCUGCGAGCACUAGAUUAAUGGAAGGAAUCAUUUUAGCUGUUGUCGUUGUGCCAUACUCUGUAACCAGCAGUGGGUGGAUUGUAUGUGAAUUUAGAACUCUGGCUGUGAGGGUGAAUACUGCUGCCAUUUGCUUGGACAGUGUAUGUUUUUAGUGCUUUCCUCUGCUACUUUUAUCAAGAUCUUGUACGCACAAUGUCCUGGAAUAGCAGUGUGGGUAAUUUAUUAGGAAAGCCUCGUGUUAAAAUGUUAGGAAGAUUUUUUACUACUGCAAUUAUUUUUUGGUAAGCUGUUGUAAUAUUUUAUUAAAUUGUUAGAAAUUAAUUUCUGAGAUGUGUGUGUUUGCCAAGAAGUUCCAUAAUUGGGUAUUUAUAUAUGAGGUUGCAUGUGAUAUGUUGGAUAUGUUAUAUCCUCUGAAUUAGAAAUAAUUUUAUAUCUGCUGUCUAAACAUUAGAAUGUGUGUGUGUGUGUGUGUGUGUGUGUGUGUGUGUGUGUGUGUGUGAACAUGUGCAUUUGUAAAUGUGUAUGUAUGUGUUCGCUGAGAAAUUGUAAGGUUUUUUUAUUGUCUUGAUAUAUAAGGUACCAUUACACAACGCUUCCUCAUGUGUUGAGGUUUUAUUGAAAAGACUUAGAAAUGUAUCACUAUUGGACUGAAAAUAGUUCAUAGCUGUUUCUCCAAUUGCAACUUGGAAGUAUCUUUAGUUAGGUAAUUACCAAUAGAUUAAUUUAUUUAAGCAGGGAAUCUUCAGUGGAAUAGAAUACGUGACAUUCCUGGUGUUGUAGUUCUGAAUUUCUGGUGCACAAAAAUAAAUUUUGUGGCCUUAGAAGAAUAUGUCUUACACAAUUAAAAAGAAACAAAUUACUUGUCAACAGAUUAUAAAUGUAUGCUCUGCUGCAUAAUAAUUUGUUAAUGACAAUUCACAGUUAAUCAGUUUUCUGUUAGAAACUUUUAGGGACCAGGUAAUUUUUAACUAAUCAACAAAGAAACUUUGCUUUAUCUCUUUCUUCAUUUGGAAAUUUACUGCCCUUUGUAAUGUCCUAAACACUGGAAUUUUGAGUAAAUGAAAAAAAGAAAAAAAAAAUCUGACUGCAUAGUCACAAGCAUAUUGCUGCUACUCAGAAAUGUGCUUUCCUAAACAUUCACUGUUAACAAGAUACGGUUGUGUAACUUGGUUGAAAAUAUUCACAUCAUCUUGUACUUAAUAUUGUUGUGUGCCUAGCAGUAGAUUUUGCUGAGUGUCAUGAACAUAGUUUAGGCACUGUACUUACACAAAAACUGGAAAGGUGAUUUUUUAAUUUCUUCUAUAGCUCAGAAUGUGGUUUUUCAGUUUUGGAAUUUAUAGACUUUUUCCCAUCAUAAAUGAAUGAAAAAAUUCAUUUUAACAGCAUAAUAAUGUAAAGUAAGAACUUUUUGUCCAGAGUAGCUGUUAAAACAAGAAUGUAUAUUUUUGGCCUUGUAGAUGAGAGAGAGAGAGAGAGAGA